AUGAUCUACGUACAGGACAAACGACUCUUACUGCCUGACGGCCGUACCUUGGCGUAUGCGGACAAUGGAAACACGUCCAGUCUGAACGUGGUGCUCUACCUUCACGGUCCUUUCAGUGUCGGGGACGCCUCUCGUUUGCCACUCAUUUUGCAAAUUCACAAGGUCCAUCUUGUCUGCCCAUCUCUACCUGGGUGGGGGAUGUCUUCCCCCGUUUCAAAAUCGACCCAGUAUGCUUCCUCCAUCGUCAGCGACAUGUCUUUUCUGCUCAAUCACCUUCACCCUGAACGGUACAAUCUAAAAUUGCACAUCUGCGCCCAUUCUUUUGGAUGCGUAGCCGCACAAAUUCUCUAUGGUGCACCGUAUAUUUCGUUCCCUUAUGGCCGUUGCAUAGCUGCUCUUAUCCUACUUGACCCGCUUUCACCUCCCCAUUGUCAUCAGGAUUACUGGAAAUUUCUUUCGUGGCAGAGCUACUUCCUGGCUGGGCCUCCAUCGCGCGUGUUCCCUUUCAGCUUUUUGACCGUUGUGGCGAAGUAUGCGAUAGGGAACAAAUUACAGUGCCCGGCCACUGCUGAAAGUUUUGUGCGGCGCAUCCUCAUCACGCCUGUAGGAGAGGGCGAGACAGAGGAUAUAGUGCAUUGGAAAGAGGAUAACGGAAUAUCCGAUGGAGAUUACGAACGGGCACUCAUCAGAAAUGCUGUUUACAGCGUUGCGUCGACGUGGCAGGGGUUUUUAGAGUUGCCACAAAUCUAUCAUUCUGGGUGGGGGGGAUUUUGCCCCGAUUUGCUUGAUGAUGAACAUUCCAGACCUCCGGUCACCGUCAUCACCUCUAACAGUGGUGGUGGACAUACCCUUGCUGGCAUGGGCUCAUGGCUGGUUGGAAGAUACAAAAACGCCACCUUGCGGAUAGUAGAAGGAAGAAGUAAUUUCUCUUUGCUUCUUUGUUUGGAUAACGUUUGGAGAGAGGUCUUCUCAUAA